AUCAUACAAAAAUGUCACCUACCAAAGCCAGAUCGAUUGCGAAACAUUCAAGCCAAGGAAACCAAUACUCACGUUCACUAUGCGUCUUGCAGAUGCAAUCCUACUCUGCGCGGGUGCUGACCUUGCAGCUGCCCUAAAUGUUGGCCCGAACUAUCAAUAUCCCCUUGAAGAUCUGGACAAAGAUCUGCCCUUUUCCCAGCCUGUGACAUUUGCGCACUUGGAAUGGCAACGUUGUCUAGCGGAGUCACACAAUAAGCCUCUAGACAUUGCCGUUCUGGGCUUCCCUUAUGACACCUCUACUUCCUACCGUCCAGGCGCUCGCUUCGGCCCGAGAGGUAUUCGGGCUGGGUCGUCCAGGGAGAAGAAAGGGCGUAGUUACAAUACCGUGUGGGAGGUUGACCCUUACGAACAGGGGCUGGAGAUUAUCGACUGUGGAGACGUGCCCAUCACGCCAUUUGAUGCCAGCCAUGCGUUCAAGCAGAUGGAACAGGCGUAUCGACAGAUUCUCUACCAUCCGACCACCGAUCAGAAUGAAUGGGAACAUCCCCGCAUCAUCAGCCUCGGAGGUGAUCACUCUAUAGUCUUGCCAAUUCUUCGCAGUCUGAAGACCGUUUAUGGACCCAUCUCCGUCAUCCAUCUCGAUUCGCACCUUGACACAUGGGAUCCUUAUGAAGGCUACACAGGGAUCGUUUCUAACCAGUCCGCCAUUACCCAUGGAACCUUCUUCUGGCAUGCGAGCCGAGAAGGGUGCAUCAGCAAGGGCACCAGUGUUCAUGGUGGUCUGAGGACCAAGCUCUUCAGCCCGAAAGACUAUGAAAUCGACAGAGAUGUUGUCGGAUUCACCAUAAUUGAAGCCCAUGAGAUUGACGAUAUUGGCAUGAGUGGCAUCGUCAAGAAAGUCAGAGACGCAGUUGGCAAUACGCCAGUGUAUCUUUCUAUCGACAUUGAUGUCCUCGAUCCGAGCAUUGCUCCAGCUACUGGAACGCCAGAGUCAGGCGGCUGGACAACGAGAGAGUUGAAGCGAUUCCUCAAGGGUCUUGAAGGACUCAACCUGGUUGGUGCUGAUGUCGUCGAAGUCAGCCCGCCUUAUGACUCUGUGGCCGAGACAACUUCCGUCGCUGCCGCUGACUUGAUUGUCGACAUCCUGGCUGGCAUGACGAAGAAGAAGACUUUUGAUCCGCCCAGAAACGAGAAAGACGAGUUGUAGUCACCGCGUAUCAACAAGGAGAGAAACGCCAUUUACUCGCCGUAAAAUCAUUGCGACAAAGUAGAGAAACUUGGCUGCUCGAGAAAGUCGAGAAGAACCGGACUAUUGAGGCCAUGAGCUGAUGAUAUUUUUGAAAAGCCAGUCAUGUUUUUGCUCGCUCACCUCUCCCCGUUUUGGCAAGUUAUCCGUACUGCCAGGGGGCUUGCUGACGGUGCUUAUGGCGAUUUACGUAACCUCGUCAUCCCCCCUGCUCCCUCAAUUCAGUAAAAUAUGAGGAUGCUUGAAAGUCUGCAACUCAUUACCAUCAGCCCUGUUGAAAAACUACUAUUCUAGGACAAGGGAAAUCAACAUCUGGGGAAGAGAAGAUCAUCCAAACUUUGAAAAGAAGCAUAAAUGUGCCUGGGGCUGAACUCCCUAGAAGAUUGCUGCAACAUCACCGAAAAUCCGUUGUAAUGGGCUAAUCCAGAACGGUCUUCAGUGGGGUUGACAAGGCCUUGAGGUCGUAUUUUGUAAUUAAUACCCACCUUGAAGAAAA